AUGAAAUUAUACUUCAUUUACCUUCCUUUUAUCUUCCAAUACAAGCUCCCACGCAAACACUGUAUUCUGUCAGAAUUUUUCUCUCUUAUAUUUUCCUCAACUCCCGUUCUAUUUUGCUCCUAUCUAUCUAUCUAUCUAUCUUUCUAUCUAUCUAUCAACCCAAUUUGUUCAUAUCUAUCUAUCUAUCUAUCUAUCUAUCUAUCUAUCAACCCAAUUUGUUCAUAUCUAUCUAUCAACCCAAUUUGUUCAUAUCUAUCUAUCUAUCAUCUAUCUAUCUAUCUAUCUAUCUAUCUAUCUAUCUAUCCCAAUUUGUUCAUAUCUAUCUAUCUAUCUAUCUAUCUAUCUAUCUAUCUAUCUAUCUAUCUAUCCCAAUUUGUUCAUAUCUAUCUAUCUAUCUAUCUAUCUAUCUAUCUAUCUAUCAACCCAAUUUGUUCAUAUCUAUCUAUCUAUCCCAAUUUGUUCAUAUCUAUCUAUCUAUCUAUCUAUCUAUCUAUCUAUCUAUCUAUCUAUCUAUCUAUCCCAAUUUGUUCAUAUCUAUCUAUCUAUCUAUCUAUCUAUCUAUCUAUCUAUCCCAAUAUGUUCAUAUCUAUCUAUCUAUCUAUCUAUCUAUCUAUCUAUCCCAAUAUGUUCAUAUCUAUCUAUCUAUCUAUCUAUCUAUCUAUCUAUCUAUCUAUCUAUACGCAUUACCAAAAUAAUCUAACCCAUCAUAACAGCGACUCAGUUAAUGAAGACCAAACUCUGUUUACAAGCGAAGCCGAAGUUGUUAACAACUGUGCUAUUGGUAGGCACGCUUGCGCCAUCAGCUCCUUUAAAAUUUCUUCUUGUUUUUCUCAAUUACUUUUCUUUCUUACCUCCCUCUCGCUCCCAAUCCUUGUUUUCCAUUCCAGUCGCGACAUUAUAUUUAAUUUCUCUCUCUCUCUCUCUCUCUCUCUCUCUCUGCUUCCUCCUUGGUCUGUUGGCAUCAGUUUACGGGAUUCCCUCAUCUCUUCUUUUUUUCUUCUUUCUCUUCUUCUUUUCUUCUUCUUCUUCUUUACUUCUUCUUCUUCUUCUUCUUCUUUUCUUCUUCUUCUUCUUUACUUCUUCUUUUUCUUCUUCUUUUUCUUUUUUCUCUUCUUUUUUUUCUUCUUUAUUUCUUCUUUUUCUUCUUUUUCUUUUUUCUCUUCUUCUUCUUCUUCUUUACUUCUUUUUCUUUUUUCUCUUCUUCUUUUCUUCUUCUUUACUUUUUCUUCUUCUUCUUUUUUUUUUUUCUCUUCUUUUCUUCUUCUUCUUCUUUACUUCUUCCUCUUUUCUUUUUUCUCUUCUUUUCUUCUUCUUUUUCUUCUUCUCUAA